CUUUUCGGAACGAGCUGAAAUAGGGUUGUUUGGAAGAAUCAGUCGCCCACUUACCCGCCCCGCCCUCAGUCCUCACUUCAGCGAGCCCAACACGCCGUGUUCAGUUCCUUGUUAUGUUUCUUUUCGAACUCUCCGAUCCCAAUCAAAAUUCUAUGUGGUUUCGUAGCUCAUAGCACACUCUUCUUCACAUACCUAUAAAAAAUUUACAAUAUAAUCAACUUAAUAUACAAAAUAAUAAUAAUCUCCCAGUUAUGUCUCUUCCUCUCGGCAAGUUAACCAUCCUCCUCGGCGCAGGUAUUGUUGGAUCGGUUCUCGCAAAAGAAGGGCGCCUGUCAAAUGUGUCUGAUUUGGUUUCAGGUGCUUUAAAGAUAUUCUUCAAUCCACUUAAAAAAGUUGAAUCUCAUUCAACAGCUAGCAAGCCACAAAAUGACUUUUUGUUGGAUCAGGUUACUAAUCUACGGAGAGAGCUGCAGAGCUUGAAUAUUAACCCUCCAAUUACAAUUGUAACUGGAAGUGGAUCAGCUGGUAAAAAAUAUGGCAUAAUUAUUGUUGUUGUAGUGGUUGGAUAUGGCUACAUUUGGUGGAAGGGUUGGAAGCUUCCUGAUCUGAGGUUUGCUACUAAACGUAGUUUAUCUGAUGCCUGCGGUGCUGUAGCCAAACAACUUGAGGAUGUUUACUCUUCAAUCUCGUCUUCCCAGAAGCACUUGUCUUCGAAGGUUACCAGGGUGGAUCAUGAUGUGAAUAAAGUAGCAGAAAUAUCUCAGGCUACACAGGAAGAGGUUUCUGUACUUCGAGGACGAUCAAAGAUGAUAAGUGAAGAAUUUCAAUCUGUUCGUGAUGUGGUUCAGAAUCUGGAAAUUAAACUUAGCGAAAUAGAAGGCAAGCAGGAGUACACAACCCAAGGAGUGCUGAAGUUGUGUGAUUAUGCCCAGAGACAGGGAAGUAGUGGAAUCACAGAGCAGAUUCAGGGUUUGUCUUACAGUUCCUCCAAGAAACAUCUCGAAUCACCAACGAUUACACCAUCAUCAAGGACUGGGUCUUUGCCUCUACCACUUGAACUGCCAUCUCCAUCCAAUGCCAAUGGAUCUCAGAAGGCUGAGUGGGGUUUGCAUAAUUCUGUCUCGUCCUCUGGCCUGAAGGAUUUUAAUGAAAUAUCAGAAAUGGGUGAAUCAAGAAGUUUUAGGGUUCCUAAUGGAAACCAAGCUUCAGAGGACCAGAGCAAUAGGUCUUCAAGUAAUGGAGUGUUUGGUCUUGGGCGACUUCUUGGUGCUUCAGUUUUGACUAGACAGCGCAGUGUAACAAAUGCAGUUGCCCAACAAACACUUUCAAGUGGACAGCAAUGCUGAGAUAUUUAUCUUUGAUGGGCAUCAAAACCUCAAAAUGAUAAAAUACUUGUACUCUGAAUUAGGAGAAGACUACCGCGCAUCUGCAUUAGCUUUUGUUGCCGAUAACAGUCUUUUCUCUGGGACAGAGUGCCCAGGCCAAAUUGAUGGAAAUCUGACUGGGUGCUGAGUUUUUUAGGAUGCUGUUAAUGAUAUAAAGUUUAAAAAAUUAUAUCAUUCUUGUUGAGUAUAACAAUUUAUUGGACGCUUCAUUUUUCAUCUUCUAUAAAUUUCUGUCUAUAAAUACAUGAUAUUGGAAGGGGUGUAGGAUGGGAGAACUAAGAGGCUUUAAAUUGAUGUCUAUCAAAAUUUUCUGUUCGUCUAGUGAAAAGAAAAGAAAACUAUUUUGUUGA